GGCCAGGGAGCGACCAUGGCGUCGCUGAAUAGUAGCGCUGUCGUCUGCGUGAUUUGCUUGGAGAAACCCAAAUACCGCUGCCCCGCCUGCCGCGUGCCCUACUGCUCCGUGGGAUGUUUCCGGAAGCACAAAGAUGAUGAUGACUCUAUAGAUGAUUUUCUCAAUAGUGAUGAGGAAAAGGACAGUUUCUUUGCAGAAUUUCAAGAAUUUAGGGAAUCGCAAGUGCCCCGGUGCAGUGAUGAACCACACCAGUGAGUCGGAUCUAUGAAGGUAGUAAAAUGUGGGAAGUUCUCCGUGGCCCUGAGGUUUCUUAGUCCUGGUUUGGUAACCAACCCAUGACACCUGUCAGGGCUUGAGAUGUAGAUGGGAGCCCCAUGCCACUGGUGGCUGUGUCAGCUCUAGGUUGCGGGCGGGAGCUGUCACUUGUUCACGUGUACUUAAUGUUGCUGUGGGAGUAGUUUGGCAGCUUAGUGUUGAUAGAAUGUCUUUGGCAAGGCAGCUGGCAGGAAAAGGCCUUUUGGACACAAAGGCACUGAAGGAUUGCUCAGCCUAGUGAGGCUAGGAUGUCAGAAUAACUCACAUGUGGCCCAGGCUGUGUCUUUCCAGCAGAAUCUGAUUAAAGCCAGUAACACUGUGGAGUGAAGGUUCAGGGCAGAUGUCAGCAUAAGGCAGUGGAGACUUCCUGCAGUGGAACUUGAUCGAGCCCUAGGGAGAGAGAUACAGCUUACCUCUGGUUCCUAGGAGUGCCAGCUGUACGGGUGCCUAGAGCAAAUGCUAGAAAUGCAGGUAUGGACAAGUACUGGUAUCAUUCAGUUAACGUUCUUUUCUCAUUCUAAACCAGUGGCAAAGUCCAGAGUCCAAAUAUUUAAUUUUAUAUUAAAAUACAGAAUUUCACAUCCAUUCUGUGUGAUGCACAAGGGAGCUCUCCCCUACAAGUAGUAUUUAUUAACUGUCAUACUCGUAAAACUGUUUACAACUGGAAGAGCAAACAGUUACACUUCUGUUUAUACUCUGGCUAGCCUGCAUGCUGUCAUGGGAGAUUUCAUCCAGAUUAUGCCCUAGAGUAAUUCCUCUGGUAUGGAAAUUCACUGUUUCCUUCUGUUUGCCUUGUCAGUGUCACUUAAUCCUUGCUGUGACCCCAUGUAAUAGGUGAGUAUUAGCCUAUGUUCUACGCUGGCUGACUUUUACUCUGGCUGCCCAUACUAUAGAAACAGCUCUUGGACCACUGACUUACCUGCUUGUCAUUUGCUCUGCUGGAACAGGAGAUAAACCAAAUGAUAAUUUGACAAAAGUAUUAAACCCAGUGCUAUUUGAGGGAAUAAGCUAUCAUCAUAACCCAGAUUUUUAAAAAGUGGGACUAAUUAAGUGGAGAUUCAGAGGAGAUGCUAGAACACUCAGACGCAGUUUUUAAAAAGUUGAAAGGGCUCUGGAAAAUUCCUAGUUGUAAUGAUGGUAACAACCUGCCUGCAGCCAGCUGGGAAGUGCAGGCUUCUGGUUUCCUGAGCAGCAUCAGGAUGGCUCUGGUCCUAACAUUAGUCCUGUUCCCACUGGGGACUCAUGGGCUUUGCCUCCUGCUUUCUACAAGGGACCCAGAGCCAUGGUGGGCAGGACCACCAUCCUGUCACACAGCUUACCUGAGGCAGUGCUCGGAUGGAUGUGACACCAGCUUGUUCUUGUGCCGUCUGGACUGCGUAGCUACUGGGGUUGCCCAUGGGGAGCUGGAGGCAGGCCCAAACCACCAGCUUCCUCUGAAAGCCACGUACACCCACAGCUGCAUUGGCCAAGACCAGGCCCAGGGGCCAGAGGCGGAUUAUUGCUUCCAGGGGGCUGGUCUGUGCCUGGGGCAGCAGGAGGGAGCCCAAGGGAAGGGGAACUUGAGACACGUGUUUUUCUUGCACACCAUCCAGUUCUUUAGAAGCAAGGAAGGCCAUUCUGAUCUUAAAAAAAGAAUGCCACUUUAUAGCUUUCAAUUGAUUAGCUCUCUUAAGGGAAACCAAAACUAUCUUUAAUAAAACAGCUUAACAAGGUAAACUGAAGGGCACCUAGCUAGUGAACAGCUAGAUACCUUCAACUAGACUGGCACCAUGUGGCAGAACUUUACAUCCAAGGCAGAUGUACUUAGGUCUUACAUGUGCUACUUUAAAAAUAAUAACCUUAAGAUCUAAUUGAUAUGCCACAAAAUUCACCCCUUUAAAGUGUAUAUAUAAUUCCGUGGUUUUUAGUAUAUUUCCAGAGUUGCUUAUGCCACUCUGUGUCCAAACCACCCUGCAGUGUCGGUGGUAUUUUAUACAAGAGAGUAUACCAGUGUGCAGUGGCAGGGUCAGCAUUCCACCCUGGGGCCACCUGAUACCAGACUACCCACUGCCCGUCCUGACUGCUGGAGUCAGAUACUCACCCUCCAUUUCUGCCAUGUGCGUUUGAUGGCCGUGGCAGCUGCGUGCAUUCUCUGGAUGUGUUUCCGAGCUAACCAGGAACGAAUGGCUGAGGUGUUUUGCCCAGAAACAAAGAAGUAAAUGAAAUGUUUAGAACUGUUAGUAGCCUGGCUCUGCAGCAACACCCAAUCUGCUGAAGAAGUUUGGAAUAGAUACUUUUUCAAUGAAUGGCUACCUUGUGCCACUAUGUAGGGUAAGGAGCUAAUAAAGAGAAUACCUCAAGACAACCUGGCUCUGAAGAACACCCCUCACACUGUUUAGACUGGGAGAGACCCUACCUGGAAAGGCAGCUGGGAGACUUACCUGCCUCAGGCUUUGGCUGGGGCAAUGCCCAGGGGAGAAGAAGUGUCUCUUAUCUGGGGAGUCUUCAGUUGAAUUUGUUUGCUGGCUUUAUGAAUUCACAAAUGGUGACCCCACCAUGCACCCACAUGUUGGUAAAGGUAAUGACUACUGGAUGGCA